UGCCCCAUCAUUGGUGUCAGUGGGAGGAAUAGUGCCCCAUCAUUGGUGUCAGUGGGAGGAAUAGUGCCCAUCAUUGGUGUCAGUGGGAGGAAUAGUGCCCCAUCAUUGGUGUCAGUGGGAGGAAUAGUGCCCCAUCAUUGGUGUCAGUGGGAGGAAUAG